CGGAAGUCAAUAUAGCAUAUCACAUCUGGGUGCUUGGUGUUGCAGCUUAUGGUGUAGCCCUUUGCGUAAUCCGCUUCAUUUGGCAAAAGGACCCAACGCCCGCCAUGCCUCGAAGACCACCUCAAUACGAUGACUACAGGGGCGCGGUGCAACAGAUCAUAUCCUCCUCCUCAGAUACGGACUACCUCGAUCAACUGAUACCCGCCCUCAAAGAUGCCACGAACUCCAACCGAACGGCAGCCUUCAUGCAGAGCCUAUCCCACUAUGCCGACGAGAAAGAAGCCGACAUCGAGCAGAUUGGCUUGACCAAGCAUGACGAGUUCCUCCAAUCUGUGAAUCAGCUCCAGACAGUCCGCGAAGGCACCGUUGCGCUCACGUCAGAGAUCUUGCAGCUUAACCAGUCCAUACAAGCAAGCACGGAGAAGUUGGCGGCGCAGAAGGAGAAGCUGGUGGAAACGAAGUCCAUACGGCAGAAUAUCGCGGAGGCAUCAGAAGGGCUGAAAGAAUCGUUGAAGAUAUUGCACGCAGUCAAUCAAGCGCACGAUCUGAUCCGAAAGAGAAAAUAUUAUGCUGCCUUGAAGGCGCUGGACGAUCUCCAGAACGAGCAUUUGAUUCCUACAAUCCAGAACAAGUAUGCCACCCAGCACAAGCUUGCCGACAUUAUCCAGAAGUCGAUACCUGCAUCGCAAAAGGCAAUAUCAGACGCUGUCAUGAACGAUUUGAAUACCUGGCUGUACCGAAUUCGGGAAACAUCACAAUUCCUAGGCGAAGUAGCCUUCUACCAUACAAGCCUGCGUCAGAAGAGGCAGAAGGAGCGUUCGGAGGCGAAUCCGCAGCUGAAGACCUACAGCCUUAAUUCUGCGAUUGAGCUGGUCUUUGAUGAGAGCGAGGAAUUUGAUGUAUUGGAGAACGACGAGGUUUCAGUCGAAUUCGGCCCUCUGUUUGAGGCUAUACACAUCCACGAGGCACUCGGACAAAGCGAGAAGUUCAGACAAGAGUAUGCAGCAACUAGGAGGCAGCAAAAAGACUUGCUUCUGCCAGCUGCUAUUAGUUUGAUUGAGGAUGACGAAAAUGGUCUGAGUAGCUUGCUGGAGGCCAUUGCAGGCUUUGCGAUCAUAGAGAAGGCGACAAUGAGGAGAUCACCUAACCUCCGGUCACCUGUUGAUGUUGAUGAGCUGUGGGAUUCCAUGAUUCAAACGGCCAUGAAAUUGAUCACGAAAGCCUUGGACGAAGUUGACAACGCGGAAGUGGUCCUCAAGAUCAAAGGAGUUAUUGCUCUAUUCAUCCAGACUAUGGAUGCAAGUAUUCUUACCCUUCUGACCUAUCUUGAUACUGACUUUCAACAGGGUUGGGGAUACUCGGUGACAGCGCUGGAUACUUUCUUGCUGACUCUGUUUGAGAAGUACGCAGAACUGUUGCAAAGACGGUUCAGUGAAGACUUCCAUGAGAUUGUGUCUACGGAUGAUUACAUGCCAAUGCCAAUCGCUACUCUCGAGGAAUACGAAAAAGUUGUCAACGUCACCUGGUUCACUCCAGAAAAGGAGCCUACCAUUCCAUGUGUUCUCCCUUUCUCGCAGAUGUAUCCUCUCUCCUGCAUAGACAUCAGAAACUUCCUCAACCAAUUCUACUUCUUCGCAGAUAACCACUUCCAGCAUCCAAAUGUCAUUGAUGAGACUCUCAAGAAGGCCCUUGAUCACCUCCUCAGCCAAAAAGUCUGCAAGCUCCUCGUGGAGCGACUUAACUCUCAAUACCUAGGCCAAAUCGUCCAAAUCCUCAUCAACCUCGAAUACUUCGAAACGGCCUGCCGCGAACUCGAACUCCUCCUCAUACAAGCCCGCUCCUCCACCUCCGCAGGCGGCCCCAUCGUCCUCAACGCCACCGAAGAAUUCCGUAGCAACAAGAAGACCGCCGAAAAGCGCAUCUUCGAGCUCGUCAACUCCAAGAUCGACGAUCUGGUUGAGACCGCCGAAUACGAUUGGAUGGCCCCUACCCUCGAAGCCGAGCCCAGCAGCUAUAUGUCUACGCUCACCCAAUACCUCUCCAAUAUCAUGACAUCUACGCUGCUCGGCCUCCCGCGCGAGAUCAAAGAACUGAUCUACUUCGACGCCCUCUCCCACACCGCGAACCUCAUCCUCGCUCUCCCCCUGAACCCCAAUGUCAAAAAAAUCAAUCCCAACGGCGUUGCUGCGUUGGCGAAAGAUGUCCAGUACCUCUCCGACUUUAUUGACACAUUAGAUAACGCACCGAUUCUGAAGCAGAAUCUCGAUGAGCUGCAGCAGACGGUGCUGCUCAUGCAGACGGAGAACCCGGAUGAGUUUUAUGAUAUUGGCGUGCGCAAUCGGAAGUUCGGACGGGUUGAUGCUAUGAGUGGGCCGAUGAUCUUGGAGAAAUUGACCUACUCCGUCCAAAGCCCCCGCAACGACCGCCUCGCAAACUUCUCCUCCAGAUUCGGGAUGAAGUGA